AUGCGACUACGGCAACUGGAGACAACUCAAUCCGUCACAUUCUUCGCCCCUCCCGAGGUACACCAAAGCAUUCUUGAUGUCUGCGGCAAGAAACCAAAGUCUCUCAUUGACUCUGCUGAUGUUGUUUUCUGGCUUUUGGAACAGACUUGUCGAGCUAACGACACCUUACGCAAUCUUUACAUUGCUCAGGGUAGGGAUUUUUGUCGUCGAACAGAUGCGGCUUUCACAAACAGCCAGAUGUUCGCAGAUAAACGUCAGCGAGACGCGUACUUGAGUAUUAUCGAACAGCCAGAGAAACAGACACUGGAACAGUCUUACGGUGGAAUCGAACCCAAGGUCGAAGCCAAAACCAAUGGAACGCUGAAGCCCAGACUAUCUUCCAAGCGACUCCAGAACAUGACCGAGAAACUCGAUACAAUGCAGUAUUCAGACUCAAGCGACUCUAGAUCCGGAUUUGAUGUUCUUGGCGAAGUUGAACAGGAGCGUGAGGUUGAAUAUCAGGUGGAGGAAGUGCGAUUGGCCAAGAAACCGCUCAAGCGCACUGCCUUGGUUUUCGAAAAGCUGCACAAAUACCUGGACUAUUUCCUUGAGACUGGCCAUCUUCCAACUGCCAUUGGACAGAAAUACGACAUUCGAGAGAGUCCAUCUCGCCUUUUUGUGACGGAAGAGUUCUUACGAACUGUCCAGCUCAAAACUCACGAGCGGGCUAAGAACGACGACUAUCUGCGCCCAGUUGAAUGGGUUCUUUGGAGCACUACAAGCCAGACAGCUAUAGUCAUUAUUCCGGAAGAGGCAGAGCUCAUGAUCCACCGCAUCAAAGCUCAGGCACAUCCGAAGUUACACUUAAUCACCUACGCGCCCCCCGUAACAAAGCAGAUGGUGGAUCUGGGACAACUGAACUACUACAACGUCCCCGCUCUGCCCCCGAACCACGAAUUCCCACAAUGGCUGUCCAUCGAAUUGGGCAUCUUCUCAGGACGCCUAUACGUGGACCAUGGGGAAUGCCUGCCCAUCAGAGACUAUCUUGAGGAGCUCAGAGAUGGCUAUGAAUACGACCCAGGAAAGACCAUAGCAUCAGUUACAGACGCUGAAGGCUUUCUUCUGGAGUGGUUGACAUUUCGUCGUCGUGGGCAGGAUGUCGUGCACACACCUAUGGGUUUUCUGUGCCAUGGCCGAUUCUUGUCUAAGAACCACCCAUUCUUUGGAACCAACUCAGUUGUUCCUAUGAGCAUUGAUGAGACUUCUGUGGAGUCGGAAGUCGUCGCGGCGACAACCAACAGCUCUGCUGAGGAAAGCAACGAGGACGAGGAUGACGUAGAUGACGACAGCGAAUGGGUAUUGAUGAGUGACGAAGACUCUCAGGAGUAG